UAUAGUUUAAACAUUGUGAUGUGUGUUUCUAAUUUCUCUUUUUCUUUUAUGAAAUAUAUUUUAUGUGGAAUAUAAAUAUUUUUAUUUUUAAUGCAAUUAAUCCAAUAUAUUUUUCAAUAGUAUAUAUUUUUCAUAUGUGAAACUUUUUUAAAUACAUUUUAUAUAAAUUUUGAAGUAAUUAAUACGAUUUGUGUCAAAUAAUCAACGAUCACAAUGAUUGUGGAAACGACAGAUACGAAGAAGAUGAAGUAUCCCAAAUCAAUAUUUUUCAUCGUUAGCAAUGAAUUCUGCGAGAGAUUCUCUUAUUAUGGAAUGCGUACCAUAUUGACGCUUUAUCUAAAGAAUCAACUGAUGUACAGUUCUAAUACAUCUACCGUAAUAUAUCAUGUUUUCUCGAUGAUGGUAUAUUUUUUCCCUCUAUUUGGUGCGAUGUUGGCAGAUUCUUUACUGGGAAAAUUUCGCACGAUAUUCUAUUUAAGUAUUGUCUAUGCCAUAGGACAAAUUCUAUUAUCGUUAAGUGCGGCACCUCCCUUGGGAUUACCAAAUAGGUAAGACUAAUUUUUUAUUUUUAAUUUUCAUUCUUAAUUAUUAUUAUUCUUAAUUUAAUAAAUUUUCUUAUCAGAAUCA